AUGGGCAACAACGAAAUGCAGCGCUGGCAGACGCGCCAGGACGGGCUCGACAAGCUCUUCCUCGCCACGGCGCCCAUCCCGCGACCCGGGCCUGGCGAGGUGCUCGUCAAGAUCAAGGCCGUCUCGCUCAACUACCGCGACACGGAGGUGGCCAUGGGCCUGUACAACCACCACAAGACCAUCAACCCGGGAGAGGCGGAGCCGUUGGUCCCGGCAUCGGACAUGUGCGGUUCGGUCGAGGCCGUGGGCGACGGCGUCGAGAGGUGGAAGACGGGCGACCGCGUCGUCUCCAUCUUCAACCAGUCGCACAUCAGGGGCCAGAUCAAGGCGGCGGACAUGAAGUCCGGCCUUGGUUCCCCGUUGGAGGGCGUGCUGCAGCCCUACCGCGUGUUCUCUGCCGAGGGGCUGGUUAAGGCGCCGAAGCACUUGAGCGACGAGCAGGCGGCCUGUCUCCCGAUCGCGGCGGUGACGGCUUGGAUGUCGAUCAACCAGUUCCGGCCGCUGGGUCAGCCCGGCGGCAAGGGAGAGGUUGUCGUCUGCCAGGGCACCGGCGGUGUCGCGAUUUCGGGACUGCAGAUUGCAAAGGCGGCCGGCGCAACGGUCAUCAUCACCUCUUCAUCGGACAAGAAGCUGAAGAAGGCGAAGGCCCUGGGCGCAGACCACACGGUCAAUUACCGCACCAACCCCAACUGGGACGAAAAGGUCAACGAGUUCACCCAGGGCGAGGGUGCCGACAUCAUCCUAGAGACGGGCGGCGCCAAGACGCUGCGCCAAUCCUUCGAGGCCAUCGGAUUCGGUGGCACGAUUGCGUGCAUUGGGUACCUGUCGGGCAAGGUGGACGGGGAAGAGGACCGGACCAACGUGAACCUGCUGGCGCUGCGCAAGACGGUGACGCUCAAAGGCAUCAUCAACGGUCCGCGGGAAAGGUUCGAGGAGAUGAUUGGGUUCUACGAGGACAAGGGCAUCGAGCCGGUUGUUGACCGCGUGUUCGACUUCAAAGAGGCCGACAAGGCGUACCAGUACCUAUACAGCGGAGGUCACUUUGGCAAAGUCGUCGUUAGGGUUCCAUGA